AUGCCUCCACGCCUGCGCGCCACCACCGCAGCGAGGCUGGUCGCGCUCCUCGUGUGUCUCUCCCCGGCGCUGCUCGCGCCGUGCCGCGGCGUCAACGAGCAAGGCCAGGCGCUGCUGCGAUGGAAGGGGCCGGCGCGCGGCGCACUGGACUCGUCGUGGCGGGCGGCGGACGCGACCCCGUGCCGGUGGCAGGGCGUGGGGUGCGACGCGCGCGGCAACGUCGUGUCGCUGUCCAUCAAGUCGGUCGACCUCGGCGGGACGCUCCCGGCGGGGCCGGAGCUGCGGCCGCUGAGCUCGUCGCUCAAGACGCUGGUGCUCUCCGGCACCAACCUGACCGGCGCGAUCCCCAAGGGGCUCGGCGACCUCGCCGAGCUGACCACGCUUGACCUCAGCAAGAACCAGCUGUCCGGCGCGAUCCCGCCCGAGCUUUGCCGGCUGACGAAGCUCCAGUCGCUGGCGCUCAACACCAACUCGCUGCGGGGCGCCAUCCCCGGCGAUAUUGGCAACCUCGCCAGCCUGACGUCGCUCACGCUCUACGACAACGAGCUCAGCGGCGCCAUCCCGGCGAGCAUCGGCAACCUGAAGAAGCUUCAGGUGCUGCGCUCCGGUGGGAACCAGGCGCUCAAGGGCCCGCUGCCGCCGGAGAUCGGCGGGUGCACUGACCUCACCAUGCUCGGCCUCGCCGAGACCGGCCUCUCCGGGAGCCUGCCGGAGACGAUCGGGCAGCUCAAGAAGAUCCAGACGAUCGCCAUCUACACCGCGAUGCUCACCGGUUCCAUCCCCGAGAGCAUCGGCAACUGCACCGAGCUCACCAGCCUCUACCUGUACCAGAACUCCCUCUCCGGGCCCAUCCCGCCGCAGCUCGGCCAGCUGCGCAAGCUGCAGACGGUGCUGCUGUGGCAGAAUCAGCUCGUCGGCACCAUCCCGCCGGAGAUCGCCAACUGCAAGGACCUCGUGCUCAUCGACCUGUCGCUCAACUCGCUCACGGGGCCCAUCCCAAGCAGCUUCGGCACGCUGCCGAACCUGCAGCAGCUGCAGCUCAGCACCAACAAGCUCACCGGCGUCAUUCCGACGGAGCUCUCCAACUGCACGUCGCUGACCGACAUCGAGGUGGACAACAACGAGCUGUCCGGCGAGAUCAGCAUCGACUUCCCGCGGCUGCGCAACCUGACCUUGUUCUACGCGUGGCAGAACCGGCUGACCGGCCCCGUGCCGGCGGGCCUGGCCCAGUGCGAGGGCUUGCAGUCCCUGGACCUCUCGUACAACAACCUCACCGGCGCCGUCCCGAGGGAGCUGUUCGCGCUGCAGAACCUGACCAAGCUGCUGCUCCUCGACAACGACCUCUCCGGGGUCAUACCGCCGGAGAUCGGCAACUGCACUAAUCUGUACCGGCUCCGGCUCAACAACAACCGACUUUCCGGGGCGAUACCUGAAGAGAUCGGCAAGCUGAAGAACCUCAAUUUCCUCGACUUGGGCAGUAACCGCCUUGUCGGGCCCUUGCCGGCGGCGCUGUCCGGCUGCGACAACCUAGAAUUCAUGGACCUGCACUCGAAUGCCCUGUCUGGCUCUUUGCCGGAUGAGCUGCCCCGCAGCCUACAGUUUGUUGACAUCUCUGACAACAAGCUCACCGGUCUGCUGGGCCCCGGCAUUGGGUUGUUGCCGGAGCUGACGAAGCUUAACCUCGGCAAGAACCGGAUCUCCGGCGGCAUACCGCCGGAGCUCGGUUCCUGCGAGAAGCUCCAGCUGCUGGACCUUGGCGACAACGGGCUCUCCGGUGGCAUCCCGCCGGAGCUCGGGAAGCUUCCCUCGCUGGAGAUCUCGCUUAACAUCAGCUGUAACCGUCUCUCCGGAGAGAUUCCAGCGCAGUUCGGCGAGCUGGAUAAGCUCGGCAGCCUCGACAUAUCGUACAACCAGCUCUCCGGCAGCCUUGCGCCCCUCGCGAGGCUGGAGAACCUCGUCAUGCUCAACAUCUCGUACAACACAUUCUCCGGUGAGCUCCCAGACACGCCCUUCUUCCAGAAGCUUCCGCUCAGCGACAUCGCGGGCAACCACGUGCUCGUCGUGGGCGCCGGCGGCGACGAGGCCUCCCGGCACGAGGCCGUCUCGGCGCUGAAGCUGGCCAUGACGAUCCUGGUUGUGGUGAGCGCUCUCCUCCUCCUGACGGCCACCUACGUGCUCGCGCGCUCGCGGCGCCGCAACGGCGCCAUCCAUGGGCACGGCGCCGACGAGACAUGGGAGGUGACCCUGUACCAGAAGCUGGACUUCUCCGUGGACGAGGUGGUGCGCGCGCUGACGUCGGCAAACGUGAUCGGGACGGGGAGCUCGGGCGUGGUGUACCGCGUGGCGCUCCCCAACGGCGACUCCCUCGCCGUGAAGAAGAUGUGGUCGUCCGACGAGGCCGGCGCGUUCCGCAACGAGAUCUCGGCGCUGGGCUCCAUCCGGCACCGCAACAUCGUGCGGCUGCUCGGGUGGGGCGCCAACCGCAGCACCAAGCUGCUGUUCUACACCUAUCUCCCCAACGGCAGCCUCAGCGGGUUCCUCCACCGCGGCGGCGUCAAGGGCGCCGCCGACUGGGGCGCGCGCUACGACAUCGCGCUCGGCGUCGCGCACGCCGUGGCGUACCUCCACCACGACUGCCUGCCGGCCAUCCUGCACUGCGACAUCAAGGCCAUGAACGUCCUCCUCGGCCCCCGGAACGAGCCGUACCUCGCCGACUUCGGCCUCGCCCGCGUCCUCUCCGGCGCCGUCGCGUCCGGCUCCGCCAAGCUCGACUCGUCCAAGGCGCCACGCAUCGCCGGCUCUUAUGGCUACAUUGCGCCAGAGUACGCGUCCAUGCAACGGAUCACGGAGAAGAGCGACGUGUACAGCUUCGGCGUGGUGGUGCUGGAGAUUCUGACGGGGAGACACCCGCUGGACCCGACGCUGCCGGGCGGCACGCACCUGGUGCAGUGGGUGCGGGAGCACGUGCGCGCCAAGCGGGCCACGGCGGAGCUCCUGGACCCGCGGCUGCGGGGGAAGCCGGAGGCGCAGGUGCAGGAGAUGCUGCAGGUGUUCUCGGUCGCCAUGCUCUGCAUCGCCCACCGCGCGGAGGACCGGCCGGCGAUGAAGGACGUCGUGGCGCUGCUCAAGGAGAUCAGGCGGCCAGCCGAGAGGUCCGAGGAGGGGAAGGAGCAGCCGGCGUGCAAUGCCGCGGCGGGGGCGACCGCCGCUGCGCCAGCGCCACUGGACGGGCAGGCGCAGCGGUCGCCGCCCCGGAGUCCGCUGCCCAAGGGCGGCUCGUCGAGCUGCUCGUUCGCCAUGUCCGACUACUCUAGCUGA